AUGGAUAUAAAUAAUAAUGAAAAAUUAUUUAAAAAAAUAUGGGGUAAUAAUUAUUUAAAAAAUAUAAUAUUAAAGAAUAUAAAGAUUGAAAAUAGAAAAAAAGAAGAAGGAGAGGGAGAAGAAAAUAAUAUAAUAUUUGAAAUUAAUAGAAUUACAAAAGAUUAUAAUUCAAUUAUAUCAUUAGAAUUUAUGUUAGAGAAUCAAUUAUAUUCAAUGAUAAAAGAUAAAAUUGAAAAAACCAAUCAAUUCAUUCAUAUAACUCAAAGAUCAAUUGAAUUAUUAAUUUGUCAUUGUAAAGAUAUUGAAAUAUUUAAAUUGGUAAUUGAAAAGAUUACAAAUGACCAAAUUAAUGGAAAAAUAAAAUCAAUUGAUUUCAUUAAAGAAUCUGUUAAAUUAGAUUCAGUAUUUUCUUUAAAAUUCUUUUUAAAUUAUUAUAAUAAUAAUAAAUCAUUAUAUAAAGAAUUUGUAAUUGAUAAAUAUCAUUAUAGUAUAUUUAAUUCAAUUAAUUUUAGUUUAUUUGAAUUUGCAAUUUUAAAUUGUUCACUAAAUGUUGCAAAUUAUUUAAUGACCUUAUCACCAUUAAAAUGGUAUAAUCAAACCAAUUUAAUUGAAAAAUUUAUAAAAGUUUCAAUUGGUGUUUAUUGUGGUUAUUUAAUUCAUUAUAAUGAUGAUGAUGAUUUAAAUUUCAAUAAUAAAUAUGAAAAUGAAUAUUUAAAUGGUAUAUCAACAACUAAAUAUUAUGCAAUUAAAAAAACUUUAAGAGAAUUUCAAAAUAUUUAUAAUGAAAUUGAAAUUGAAAAUCAAAAUUUAGAAAAUAAUAAUAACAAUAAUAAAUUUAAAGCAAUUUUUAAUGAAAAUAAUAUAAAAAUUCCAAAAUCAUAUCAAUCAAAUAAACAAAGUAUAUUAUUAGAAUUAUCAUUAAUUUUAAUUAAAUUUUCAAAAAUAAUUAAAAAUGAAAAAUUAUUAAAAAUUGAAAAUAAUACAAAUAAUUAUAAUAAUAAUAAUAAAUUUAAAAUUCGUAAAAUUAAAAAAAAAUUCAUAUUAGAAACAAUUGAUUUUUUAAAUAAUAAAUUAAAUAUUAAUUUUUGUCAAUAUUUAUAUAAUGAUUUUAAAAAAGUUACAAGAUAUAAUAAUAAAAGCGAUCAAUUAUUUCAAAAUUUAAGAAUUUUAGUUGAAAAAGGUUUUAAUUUUAAUCAAGAAUCUAAUAAAUUAGGAUGGUAUCCAACUUUAUGGUCAAAUAAUGAAAAUAAUCAAUUUUAUUAUAUAUCGGCAUUACUUAAUAGUGGUGGUAGUAAUAUUGAAAUUAUAUCAUCAUCAAUUAAAAACUAUUGUUCAAUUCAAUCUAUAGAUUCAAUUUAUAGUUUUGUAUUUUUAAAUUUCUUAAUCCCAGGUAUACCUUUAAUUUAUCAAAUUAGAGAUUUAAAUUUUUUUCAAUUUAUUAUUGGUACAGAAAAACUUGAAUUAAUUUUAUCAAAAUCAUACUCUACAAUUAAAAUAGUUUCAAAUGAAAAUGUAUUUGAAUUUAUUAAAAUUUUAAUUAAUGAUAUUGAAUCUAAUAAAAAACAGCAAUCACAAACUAAUAAAUUAUUCAUACCAAUACCAAUACCUUGGUUUUCAAUAUUUGAAAUUUUAAUAUUAAAUUAUAAUUUUGAAUUAAUUGAUUCAUUAUUAUCCAAUUUUAAAGAGUUUGAAUUAAUAUUUAAAGAUUGGAUUAGAAAUGAAUGUUGUAACGUACCAAGUAUUUUUUGGAGUUCAAAUAAGCAAACAGGUAAAAUUGAUACUAGAAUCGUUGAUUUAAUGUUUAGAUAUUAUUCAACACCUUAUGGUUUCAUUAAUAAUAAUUUGGAUUUUAAAUAUCCAAUUAUUAAUUCAAUUGAUGAAAAAAUUAAACUAAUUAAUCAUUUAGUUUCAAUUAAACCUCAUAUCAUUUUAAAUAAUAAAAUGCUACCAUUAAUUGAUUUACUUUAUCAUUUUUUUGAAAACAUUUCAACAACAACAACAAUUAAAAUAGCAAUUGAAAUUUAUUUAAAAUUAGAUAAAACCAAUAUAAAUAUAAUUUUAAAUAAUAAUAAUAUAUAUCAAGAUUUAACAAUUAUUGAAAGAUCUUUAGAAAAUUGUUUAUUUGAUAAUUUUAUAAUUGAAAAUAUUUUUAAUUUAAAUUAUUCAAAUAUAAACAAUUUAUUAAUAAAUAUAAAUAAUAAUAGUAGUAAUAAUAUUAAUAAUAAUAAUAAUAAUAAUAACAAUAAUAAUAAUAAUAAUAAUAAUAAUAAUAAUAAUAAUAAUAAUAAUAAUAAUAAUAAUAAUAAUAAUAAUAAUAAUAAUAAUAAUAAUAAUAAUAAUAAUGAUAAUAAUAAUAAUAAUAAUAAUAUUAUUAUUUUUAUAGAUAAAUUAGAAUUAAUUAAUUAUUUAUAUUCAAAUAAUUUAUUAAAUUCAUUUGGUAAUAUAUUAUCAUUUUUAUUAAUUGAUAAAUUAAUAAAUUCAAUUAAUAUUUAUAAUGAUCAAAUUAAACAAGAACUUGAAAUAUUAGAAAUUAUUAAAUUAAUUUUACCAUUAGUAAUAGAUGAAAGAAAUGAUUAUUUAUUUUAUCAACUAUUAAAUAUAUCUUUUAAAAAAGACUGUUUAUUAUUAUUUAAAUAUUUUAUAAAUAUUUAUUUUUUAAGAUUUAAUAAUAAUUAUAAUAAUAAUAACAUUAGCAAUAACAAUAUUAUUCAAGAAUGUUUUAAUAAUGAUGAUAUUUAUCAUUUUUUAAAUGAAUUAAAUAGAAAAGAAGAAUUUAAAAUUUGUAAUUAUAUAAAUAAAUUAAAGAAUGAAUUAGAAACAACACCAAUAAAAAAAAUAUUACCAACACCAACCUCAAUUUUUACAACAACAUCAACUUCAUCAUCUUCUUCUUCUUCUUCUUCAAUAUCAACAUUAAAAAACAUUAAUUCAACUACUUUACUUAUAAAUGGCCUAAUAAUUACUAAACUACUAUAUAUGAGAGAAAGCAAUUUCAUUAUUAAUUGGGUAAAAAAUAAUUGUUAUAGUCAAAGCAGUGGUAUUUGUAGUGGUAGUGGUGGUGGUGGUAGUGGUAGUGGUAGUGGUGGAGAAAUAUUAGUAAAAUUUGAAAAUGUAGAAAUGUAUUCUCAAGUUUUAUUAUUUAUGUGCAUUUCGAUUGGUAAUAUGGAGUUGUUUAAAGAUAUAUAUAAUUAUAUAUUAAUGGAUAAUAAUUUAAAAAAUUCUUCAGAUUUAAGAUAUCAAUACAUUGAUUUACUUUUAGAAUUUAAUCGUUUAGAUAUUAUUAAAUUCCUAAUAGACUCAAAUCUAUUUAAAGAAGAUGAUGAAUUAUUUCAAAAAAAAUUAAAAAGAUCUUAUCCAAAAUCAUCACUUAACCAUUUUACUAUUAAUAAUUUAAAUAUAAUUAAUGAACAAAAAUUAACCACACCUACAACUACAACAACAAUAACAAAAUUUCCAUUAUUUAAAUUUAUUUAUAUAUUAUUAUUUUUAAUUUAUUUAUUUAAGGUUGUUAUUUUUGAUUAUGAUAUAAUUUCUUAUAUUACUAGUCAACAUAUAGUUUUAUUUUUUGUUUCAAUUUGUUUUAUAGUUUAUUUAUUUAAAUAUCCAAUAAACUAA